AUGACAACUGUUUCAAAAAGUAUCGGUCAUCGUGUCGAUCCAGUGAUUGAGUACUGUGCAAAACUAACAGUAAAACAACAUCCGCUGCAAGUAGAACUUCAAGAAAACACCUUCAAGAAUACUCCAGCAGCAAUGAUGAUGGGAGCGCCAGAGGUACUUACAUUUGGAAUGAAUUUCAUUCAUUUAAUAGGAGGUAAGAGAGCGAUCGAUAUAGGAACAUUCACUGGUGCUUCGGCCUUAGCAUGGGCGCUUGCAGCUGGAGACGGAGCAGAGGUCUACACGCUGGAUAUUACACAUGACAAUUUCAAUAAGAUCGGUGUUCCUGUAAUAUCAAAAGAUAAAGAAGUUUUUAAAAGGAUCAUUCCUGUUCAAGCACCUGCUAUGGAAAGUUUAGAUAAAAUGAUUGCCGACGGCCAAGGCGGCACAUUUGAUUUUGCCUUUAUCGAUGCGGAUAAGGAGAACUAUCCUGGCUACUAUGAACGCGUUGUCAUCCUACUGAGGAAGGGCGGCGUUCUAAUGGUUGACAACGCCCUGCGCGGUGGUGAAGUUGCCCAGGAUCCGUCCACUUUCAACGAAAGUGUCAAAGCCAUCGAUGCAAUGAACAAGAUGAUUUUCAACGAUGAUCGCACAUAUUCUGUCAUUAUUAACAGCGGUGAUGGAGUCCAUAUUGCCUUUAAGAAGUAA